AUGAAGUUCGCCCAACCCUGGGAACGCCAGAGGCUGUCUUUUCUUUUAGAAAAGGCAGCCUCUAGGGAAGCCAAGAUGUGGAAGGUCUACGUGCCAAAGAGGCCCUCCUCACAGGAUACAGACAUCUCUCCGGCCCAGCGGGAUGAGGCCGUGCGCUGGCUGACAGAGAUCCAUGGUAGGCUGCGGCUGUACCCAGAGACCCUGGUGUUAGCCGUUAGCAUUCUGGACCGCUUCCUAGCUCCCAUCAAGGCCCGUCCAAAAUACCUGCGCUGCAUAGCCAUCGCCUGCUUCUUCCUGGCUGCCAAGACCUGUGAGGAAGACGAGUGUGUGCCAUCUCUGAAGGAGCUUGCUGCCUCCAGCGACUGUGGCUGCUCCCCGUCAGAGAUCCUGAGGAUGGAGAAGAUUUUCCACGCCAUGGUGUGGUCCAGUCGCCCCGGCUUCCUGGACGCCGCUCUGGGACUGAACCGGUCUCAGCAUCUGGCCCUGCUCACACACCGACUGUACCACUGUCUGGCCGACCACACGCUCACGCAGCUCCCAGGAUCCAUGCUGGCACUGGCCCUCAUCACCCUGGAGCUGGAGACCUGCUGCCCCGACUGGCUGGCUCUGACCAUAGACCUGCUGAGGAAGGCGCAGAUCGACAGCUCUGAGCUGAUUCGCAGCCGGGAGCUGGCGGCCCGUAGUCUUUCCACACUGAGAGCUUCCCUGCCUCCCAACACUGUCUACAUCUACCACCCCCCGCUGAGCCACAGCCCCCGGGACCCCCGCCUCUCCCGCCGCACACCGGGGACCUCCCCCCUCUUCCCAAGCACCUCCACCUGCACCGCUGGGGCUUCCAGGCUGCGCCCGGCCUCCGGCCCCGCGGCGGGUGUGGGGGGGGGGUGGAGCUCCUCCCCCUCCUCCUCAGACGGCCCAAUCUGCAGCGCGCUCCUGUCACCAGAGCACCUGCGCCACCUGCAGGGGGGCCGGCUGCGCUGCAAGGCUUCCACCAAGCGCAAAAUCCAGCCCAAGCACCUGUCCUGCGUCAGCCUCAGCUGCCUGCACAUGGCGGCCAGAGCCACGGAGGAGGAGUGCAACCUGACCCCCACCGACGAGCUCAUCCGCAUCGGCCAGUGCCGCUUCACCGUGUCCGACCUGAGCCGCAUGGAGAAGAUCAUCGCCCAGAAGCUGGACUUCAGCUCCAAAGCUGUGACCGCCUUAACCUUCCUGCACCUGUACCACCAGAUCGCACUUUCCCACUCCACCGACAGGCCGAGCCGCGAGCUCCAAUCCACCUUUAAAAAAAACAAAUCCCCUCGUCCCCGGUUUGCCUUCAUCUCCUGUGGUCCCGCUCUGUCCGUCCAGCCGUCCAUCCUGGCCCUGGCCCUCCUCAGGCAGGGGAUCGAAGCCGUCCGGUCGGAGGACAUGCUGGAGAUCGCCCACCACAUCCAGAGACACCUGAAGAUCGGUGACUGCGAGCUGCUGCUGUGGAGUGAGCGGGUGGCGCAGUGCCUGCUGGACUACGCCUCGCCCGAGUGCUGCAAGCCCGACCACCGCCGGCUGCAGUGGGUGGUGUCGCGGCGCACCGCCCAGAACCUGCACUGCCACCGCAGCGCGCCCGAGCUGCCCACCAUCCCCGAGGGCCGCUGGGACGAGAGCGAGAGCCAUUGGCUGACCACGCCCACUCCAACGCUGACCAAUCACACAGCAGAUGCCAAGCUCCGCCCAGAUGCCGAGUCCACAACGAGGAGCGAGAACUCCCAAAAAUGA